UGAUUCUUCUUCUUUUCUUUUUUUUUUUCAACCUGAAAGUUUUUAACCACCAUAUCUCAACCACAGGUGGACAUAAGGAUUUGAGGAAGUGGCACUUAGAUUCGAAGCGCAUUAAGUCAGAAGGGGGUCACUCGCCUCCAGCCUGUAGAAAUCGCAGGUUUGUGAAAUGUCAUCUUCCUUUUCAUCUCAUUUAGGCCUUAACACCCGAUAGCCACACUGAGAGGAUUUCAGUAGACUUGGAAAGACUGUCUGGCAGCUCCUCUGAGGAGGUGGAUUUAGGCGAAGCGCGUGUUUUUUUUUCAUUCUGUUAUUGUGGAUAAUUCCGUGCUUAGUGUUUUUUUUUUUUUUGCUUCUUUGAGCGGUGAAUGGUUGGCACAGUGAGCCCAGUGGUUUCUCUGAAACAUAUGGGGGUUUCAAGAGGACGGGGGUCUGGGAUCACCAAAGACUGAAACGCAAUCUCUCAUUUUCAGUGACUCCGCGAGCCUGUUACACGACCACAUAUUUCAGUUUCAGGGUUUCAAGAUGACAAUGGUAUCUAUCAAGUCCAUCCUCGGCGAGGCUGGACGCUGAGAUUACGCGUGGCCACUGAGCCGAACCUUGAAGAUUGAAUGAGCAUGUUUGGCACGGUACCUAUCCGUCUGAAUCCCCACCUUGUAGCAACAGGUUACGCACCUGGCCUCCUUCAAAUGCAUUUAUAGUGCGCGACUUUGUCUUUACUUUUCUCUCGGUACUGCGAUUUUUUAUACAUGUCUCUCACCAUGGUGGAGCACAGCGGCCUGGAUAUUACGUGUCUGAACAAGUACUGUCACAGUUCCUCCUCGUCGUCCAGCUCCGAGCAAGAAAAGAAGACUUUCGCCAAACUAAAACUCAGUUUGUCAGGGGACUACCCGAGGAAGAACGCGGAGAUCCUCAGCGGGCAGUAUGGGACCAACUUGCUGCUGAUCGGGGCUGCGCUGAUGCUGGCCAUUGCGUACCAAGACCACACUGUCAAGGAAGAGCACCUGCUGUCCUUCAUCACCUGCCUCAUGAUCCUCCAGCUGAUCUGGAUGAUGUGGUACAUCCUGGUGCGGGAGAGACAGAAGAACACGCGGACCGAGAGAGACGUCCACGCCACCACAUGCUGGAUCAGGGGUGGUUUGACUGUCCUUGCGCUCCUUUCACUGAUUAUGGAUGCUUUCCGAAUCGGGUAUUAUGUUGGCUAUCAGUCUUGUGUGUCGGCUGUGCUCGGGGUAUAUCCUGUCAUCCAUGCAACUCACACCAUUGCACAGGUUCAUUUUCUUUGGUUUCACAUCAAGGAUGUCAUCAAGAGCUUGGAAACAUUUGAGAGAUUCGGAGUGAUCCAUGCAGUCUUUACUAACCUCCUCCUGUGGUGCAACGGUGUGAUGUCAGAGGCCAAGCACUUCUUGAACAACCAUAUGAGAAGACUCUCUGAUCUGGGCUACGGAAACCUCACUAUAGUGCACUCAGAGCCUCUGUGUAACUGCACCACCAACACUUGCUCUAUGUUCACCAACAGCCUCUACUAUCUGUAUCCCUUCAACAUUGAGUACCACAUCUUUGUCUCUGCCAUGCUCUUCGUCAUGUGGAAGAACAUUGGACGGACCAUUGACCAUUCUUUAAACCAAAAAAGACUGGCUUCCAAAACUCAGGGCCUGUCUGUAGGCCCUAUUCUGGGUCUGCUUGCCCUGGCAAGCACUAUCGGGAUCCUGGUGGUCUACAUCACCCAUGUGGAGUCCCUUAAAACACAUCAGUCAGCCAUUUCCAUGUUCUACAUUUAUGGCAUUGUCAUGCUGGUGUCCAUGUGCUUGGCCGGUGCUUCAGGUCUACUCAUAUACCGAGUGGACCACAUGCCACUGGAUAACUCCAAGAACCCAUCAAGACAGCUGGACACAGAGCUGCUUUUCGGAUCCUCUGUCGGCUCCUGGCUACUGUCCUGGUGCAGCAUAGUGGCAGUGUUAAGUGCCAGCAGCAACCCUCCUCACCUCUGGACGAACUUCAUCUACUCUCUGCUUAUUGUGUUGGAGAAGUACAUGCAGAACCUCUUCAUCAUAGAGUCUCUUCACCGCCAGCACGAGGAUGAAGAAAGGGAGGACCCAGAGUUACCAAGUGCUCCAGAAAUCUUCUCUGUGACCUCCAGUUUAGCGCCACCGUACAACGGCAUCAUCAACCGAGCCUAUGAAACUCCGGACAGGGCCUGUGUCACCAUGGAGAACGAGCAGGAGGAGAGCGGUCAGGUGUAUAGAUGUCCGAGAAAGCCAUCGGAAGUGCCGCUGCCUCUGGGAAGCCAAGAAGCUGAGCCUCCAAAUAUAAAGAGGCGAAUCCUGAAGAACAUUGCUGUCUUCCUGAUAAUGUGCAACAUUUCGCUAUGGAUCCUUCCCGCCUUUGGCUGCCGGCCACAGUACGACAACGGGUUGGAAGAGGACACAUUUGGCUUCAGCAUAUGGACAACAGUUCUCAAUUUUGCCAUCCCUUUGAACCUUUUCUACCGCAUGCACUCAGUUGCCUCCCUCUUUGAGGUGUUCCGCCGGGUCUGACAGAAUAGCAGAUGACUGACAAUGCCAGAUAACAUGCACAAGAACACUUGUCACCACCGGCUCCCUAGAGUGUCUCAUAGCGCAGGUCAACCGUUCAGGAGGCAGUCUGGGUCACACUACAACAGACUUGAAAGCAAGCCGUGGAGACAAAAUGUAGAUUCCUCAGUGUGGGGAAUACAGAGGAAGACAAACCUAUUACCCUGCAUUCCUUGAAGAAUUACCCUGUAUAAUGCAAGGCGUACUAAAGAUGGUGAUGAACAGAACCUUUGGUUUCAAUAAUUUAAAAAGGGCCCUCUGUACUUUUUGUUUUAUCGCCACAUUUCAGUAAGAUUUCUUACUGGUGCAUCAUGUAAAAUGUAUAUGCUGUAUCUGACACACACACAGUAACUGAUAUAGAAUAGACUACUCAGUUGAUUUUGAUAUCUGAAAAUACAAGUCAAGCAACUGAAACGCCUGUUAGUCUCAUAUAUCUAAUAAGGUAUUAGUACUGUAUUUCACAGAGCCACAAGUGCAUUGUUGUUGUACCACUUGACCCAUAUUUUAUCUGCAUGUGAAAUGUGCAUACUCUAUAUGGAUAUGGUUCUCAUUUACUUUACUUAGUAGUUCAAAUUGUUUAAUGGAUGUUGUACAACACUUGGGCUGCGAGGAUAGUGACAAUCUUAGAACAGCACUAUAUUUUGAAUAAUCUUUAUGAGUCGGAUGAUAGUUCUCAGAAGUAGCACCUCAGUCAGUUAAGGUUCAUCGGGGACACUGAUUCAUUCUGAUUCUCAGUUCUGCCUAGUUGAAUGGAAAGUUACGAUACAUUUAAGUUCCUGCGUAGCACUGUUUUCAAUUAUAAUUAGAGUCCUGUGAUCUGUAUCCACAUUAUAUUGAGAAGUACAAGGUCUGACAACUAAUUAGCAUUAAUUUAAUAUUGUUCAAAUCAAGUGCAACUACAUUGAUAAAAAUGGAACUCUCAUAAUUACACCAAUAUAAAACAUGCUCACAUGAUGACAACUGCUGCACCAGACCAGGUAUCAUAUGUUUACACCUGCAGAAUCAGCGACAAAAUCCCAGUAUGUGACAUUAUUUGUUGUUUCUUGAUAUAAAGCACAGAUAUACCGUAGAGUUGUACUGUACAAUUUUAUGUCAGAUCAAUGUAGAAUUUCAGUCAGAUGUCCAGUAGGUUCUCAACCUGGUGCUAUCUGCUGUAUGUAUUCUCACUAUGUGCCAAGUUGUGGUAAAAAACUUUUUUUUUUUUAGGUGCAAACUGCAAUAUUACUGUUCAUCAUCUCUGUAAAUAACUGCCAUGCUGAUCAAAAUCAUUCAGAAACUGUGAUACGAUUUUGCGAAAUUCCAAUGAAAUGGUGCUCGCAUGAAAUGAUGUGUACA